AUGCCUAUUUUAAGAAUUCUAUUUUUCUAUCUCAAUAAAAAUAUUUUGCUUCAAGAAACUGAAAAAACAGCCUGCAAACUAGUUAAUUCUCCAAUUGAUCCUAAUCUCAAGUUAAGUACAGCAGAGAAAGACAUUGCUGUGGAUAAAGGGAUGUAUCAACAACUAGUAGGUAAACUGAUUUAUUUAUCACAUACACAGCCAGACAUAGAUAUGCAGUCAGCGUCAUUAGUCAGUUCAUGCACAAUACGAAACAAAUUCAUUUACAAGCAGCAUAUCAUGUUCUACACUUUCUAAAAGGAACAUCAAGAAAAGACAUUCUGUUCAAAAAACAUGACUAUCUAAUACUUAAAGUGUACAUAGAUGCAGAUUAUGCUGGAUCAAUUGUAGAUUGAUGAUCAACAUCAGGAUAUUGUACAUUUCUUGGAGGCAAUCUUAUUACUUGGAGAAGUAAGAAACAAAAUGUUGUAGCUAGAUCAGGUGCAGAAGCUGAAUUUCAUACUAUGGCACAAGGCAUUUGUGAGAUUCUAUAGGUCAAUAUCAUAUGGAAGGAUUUGAAGAUCAAUAUAGAUGGUCCAAUGAAGCUUUAUUGUGAUAAUAAAUCAGUGAUCAAUAUUACUCACAACCCUGUUCAGCAUGACAGAACUAAACACAUAGAGAUUGAUCGCCACUUCAUAAAGAAGAAGAUAGAUAGUGGACAGAUAUGUACUCUAUAUGUGCCUACAACUGACCAAAUCGCAGAUAUAUUCAUGAAGGGACUACACGGAAACAUAUUCUAUCAUCUUGUGUCCAAGAUGGGAAUGGACAGCAUCCAUUCACCAGCUUGA